GGAGGGGCAGAUGGGGAACAUAAGCGUUUGCUCAUGGUCGAGAACAUCAAGACAGGCAUCCAGACAUGAAAGGUCCUACAUAUAUUUUGGACGAGUAACCUGGUUAACUAGCCUCAAACUUCUGACCUUUACAACACAUUAUACUGAACGCGCAAAGGAUAAGACUGGCAUCAAAAUUAAUGCAAAGGACUCUGAAGCUGAUGCUCAUCUACUUGACUCAAAAGAUGAUACUAUUGAUCGUUCCAAUGGAUUAGAUAUGCCAUGGCCAACAGGCUUUCCUGGUCCAAAUGGUCCAUGGCCUGGUGAUCCAGACUAUGCUCUAAAGAUUCAGGAACAAUCUUAAUAAUAAUAAGAAGAAAUAAUUUAGAAAUUUUUUAACCUUGAGUUUGCUUCCAUUUUUGUAUGUGUAUAUGCCCGCGUUUGUGUGUCCAGUUGUGGGUGCCGUCCGCAGUCCGUCCUAUUUUUAUAAAGUAAAAUGGAGUUUCCCGGCUCCUUCCUGGAUCAA